GAGACACGCUGUAAACAAACCGAAAGAAGCCUACAAAAUGAAUUUAAAAGAAUAAAUUUUUACUUAACAUUUUUUAUUAUAGAUCUAUCUAGAUCAAGAUCUAUAUUACAUUAUUUACACCCCAUGGCCCAUGCGUAUUAAUUAGGCUAAUAGAAUCUAGAUCUAGCAUAAUAGAAAUGGCUGAUGAUAAAGAAUCUUGCUUGUCCCCAUCUGGUACAGCUACACCAAAGGGAAAGCUUGAGUCACUGCCAAAAGAAGAUUUAGUCAAGUUUGUAAAAAGGCAAACAUUGCUGCUACAAAAAGAAAAGGCAAAAUGCUCUGAACUAGAACUUAAAAUAAAAAGUCUUGAAAAGAGUAAAGAGAAAGAACACAAUGAUGGUGCUGGAGAUGGUAAAACAGAGACCACGUCAAGAAUCAAAGAACUGGAAGAACAAGUCCAAGAGCUGAUGACAGAAAAGGAGGAAGCUGUUGCUGCCUAUAAUGCUGUGCAGGUUAAUCAAGAAUCAUCAGCCGAACAGAUGAAGAGGCUGGAGGACCUGUACCAAGAGAAGCAACAGGAGUGGGAGGCAGAGUGCCAGAAGCUACUUACAUUGGAGAAAAAGAAUAAGGCUUUACUGGAGGAAAUAGAGUGCUUAAAGAUGAAAGAUGAGACCUUGACCUCAACACUGCAGUGCCUUCAACAAGAACAGACAACUCUGAUUGAAAACAACAAGAUUCUUAUUGCUGAAAAAUCUACCUUGCAAAUGAAGCUGGAGGAUCUAGAGGAAGAAUCAUUGUCUUGGAAGUCUGAAAAAGAAUCCCUGGUGGCCAAGCUGUCAUCAUCCAGUGAUGAUAACAAAACAAUGGGCGAACUUGAACAGCUAAAUCUGGAGCUAAAAACAAAGCUUGAGGCGGCCUUGAAUGCCAGCACAGAGAAAGAAGACGCUUUGGAGAGAUUAUCCUCCGACUCCUCCCAAAGGAAGGAACAGAUAGAACUACUGCAGGUGGAGAUAUGCAGGCUUCAGAAUGUUGCUGCUGAGAAGGAGGAUCUGUGUUGCCAGUUGAAAGAUGCCCAGAUGCUGGUGGAUGAGCUGACAGCUAAAUUAGAGAAUUCAGAUCUGGAGUUGGAGGAGAUGAAAAAGAAAGUAGAAUUUUUACAACAGAACGAAGAGGUAAUGAAAACAGAAUCCCAGGAUAUACAGCUUCAGUUGAAAGGUGAGCUGGAAAAAUUGAGAAAAGAAAAUGAUGAGCUGAUGGUUUCAAGUCAACAAAUUAAAUCAGAGUUUGAAAAUUUCUCAAGUGAUAAGUCUAAGUUUGAAGAGAUUCAAGGCAGACUUGAAACUGAAAUAGAAAAACUGACACAGAAUCUCCAAGAUGUGACAUCUGAAAAUAAAAAUUUGGUUGAAAAAUUAGCAAACUUUUCUGGCAACAGUGAGCAGAAUAAUUUAGAUAUUUUAGAACAAAAGGUGGCAUUGAUUUCUAAGCUAGAGAAAGAUCUAGCAGAGACUAGAUCUAAGCUGUCUGACUAUGAAGCCAGUCUUGGCGAUGAAUUCAGCAUUGAUGUGAUACAGAACCUUCAGCAGGAGCUGGCUGAUGCCAGAAUGAAAAUAUCUGAGCUGGAGUCUGCUGCAGAUGAGGGUCACAGCUGUGAGGACAGCAGGUCACAAGCAGCCCAAUCCCAACAAGGUGGGUGGUCAGAUCUACCUGACAUAGCCGAGGAGCCAGAAACAGAACCGCAGCAAAAAGGGGGCAGAAAUUUCAGGAACGACAACUCUCAAGCGAACGAAAACAGUGAGGGUCAGUAUGUGUACACUGAGAGAAUUGAAAAGUUCAUCCGUGUGUCGAGUCAUGUGUCAGAGGCAGAGGGAUACGAUAAAGAUUCUUCUCGAGUUGAUACCCUCAAAGCCAAAUUGCUGGAACUGGAGAAAGAAAAGAGCGCCUUAAAGUUGACCGUUGAACAGCUGCAGAUGCAAAGAGAGUUGAACGCAAGCAAGGAAGAAAGCUCAGAGAGUCAGAAAUUCCAAGAAGUUAUUGACAACCUGCAGGUUCAAAGACAACACCUGGAAGAGAAGCUGGUGAUACUAGGAGAUAAACAUGAAACUGUGACUUUUGAACUCGAAGAGCUCUACGCUGAGAAAGACAGUUUAAAAUCUGAAGUGGAAUCCUUACAGCGCCAACUCCAAGAGUGGGAGAACAUGAUGACCAUGCUGAAGGAAGAGAAGGACAGCCUGGCUCAAGAGCUGGAGGAGUCUGUGAACAAAGACAGCUCCCUAAGGAAGGAGCUGGAGUUCCUGCUGUCUUCCCUGAACGAGGCCAUUACUGAAAGAGACACCUUGCAGGACGAGGUGUUCAAGCUGUCCCAGCAUGAGGACUCAGCACAGGGGGACGUCAAGGAAAUGAAGUCCAUGAUUCAAGAUAUCAUAGCUGAGAGGAACAGUCUACUGGCUGAGCUGGAUUCUGUUCUCACUGCCAAAACAGAUUUAACCAUAGCCAUGGAGGGCUUGAAGAGAGAAGCUGAGGAGAUGAGGGUUCAGAAAGAGGACAUUGAAAGAGAGAAGGAGUCCUUGUUGGUCAGGCUUCACCUGGCGGAGGAUAAGGACCUGAGCAUGCAUGAGGACUUUGAAGCCCAGCUCCAGAGAUCAACAGAGAUGGAGACAGCUGCUCAAGGGCUGCAGCAGGAGGUGGAGGGUCUCAGGGCAGAGCUGGAAUCUCUCAGACAGGCUGCGGAGGCGGCUGAAAGAAAGAAAACAGAUGCGGAGAGUCAUGCAGAAGAAAGGAGCAACUACAGCAAGGAGUUAGAGAACCAGAUUUUAGAAUUAACCAACACUCUGACAGAGUCAAAGAAACGCUAUGAAGUUCUGAAAGAGCAGUUUGACGAGGCCACGUCUAACAAUGCUGACACAGCCAAAUACUGCCAGCAAAUUGAGGAGCUGGAAAUCAAUAAAGCUGUGAUGGAGAGGCAGCUAAAAGGGGAGGUAACUGUAAAACAAGAACUGGAAAAAGAAAAACUAGAAUUAGAAACUCAGCUGUCUUCUGCUACUCAGGAAGUUAAUGAACUUAAAAUAAAAUUGGAAGAAGCACACUUAGAAAAACAAGAAUUGGAAAAAGUGGCCAACGAAACUAUGUCAAAGCUCAACAUACUGGAGCAGGAUAUAGCAACCUUAAAGGCAAACCUUGAAGAAACUGAAAAAGAAAAGUCUGACGUUAUAAAAGAAUUGGAGAUUUAUAAAGAAAAAGUUACAGUGAGUGAAAGUUUAGUGCACAAAGUGGAAGAGGAGCUGACGGAUGCCAGACAGCAGGUAGCACAGCUGCAUGAAGAGAUUGCAAAUUUCAAAUCUGGUGACUGCGAAACUUUGAAUUUAAUAGCAGAGAAAACAGAAAGCCUGAAUUCCUGCCUAAGUGAGAAAGAUGGGCUAGCUAAAUCUGUGGAUGAUUUGAACCUAAAGUGCAGUGCUUUAGAGGCUGAAAUUACAGAGCUGAGGAGUUCAAAUGAGUUGCUAGUCUCAGAAAACCAAACGCUGUUGUUAAGUGCUGAAGAGCUGCAGAAAGAAGUGGGUGAUUACAAGGUCAAGGUGUCUUCAUUAGAACAGGAAGGGAUGCAGCUUAAGGAGUUAAAUUCAUCAUCAGAGUCAUCUUGCACUGAAUUGUUGCAGAAAAAACAGGAAGAAAUGUCAAGCAUGGCAGCAUCUUUAUCAGCCCUGGAGUCUGAAUUGGAUCAAGAAAAGGAGAAGUCACGUGACUUGGAGCAGAAGUCAAGUGAAAUGAGCAGAAGAUGUGCAGAAGUGGAAGCAAAGCUUGACCAAGCUACCCAAGAGAAGGAAGACUUAAAUGUGAACAUAACAAACCAUUUGUCUCAUAUCUCUCAGCUAGAGCUUGAGUUAGCUGAAGCACAGCAGACGUUAUCAGAAUCUCAGAAAGAGGCUGAAGCAUUGGCUUUGGAAAAACAAGACCUUGAAAAGAGGUCAGAGUUGAAUGAGAAUGAAAUCAAAGAAUUAACAGAGAGAGUUGAGGCACAAGACAAGGAGUUGAGUAGUAUGAAGGGAGACAUGGAUUCUCUGAGAGAGGAGAAAGAAAGGCUGCUGGAGAGAUUGGAGGAGGUGAAGAACAACUUGGGGCCUGCUGCUGACCAGGUUGUAGAGAUGGAGAAGAGAGUGGCAGAGAUGAAAGGGAAAUGUCUUGAGUUACAGGAUAGGUUUGAUAGGAUGCUUGCUGAAAAAGAUGCAGAAAUUGUUUCAUUAAAAAGUGUGGUUGAAGUUUUGGAAAAGUCAAAGAAUGACCUGAAUGUGUUGAUUGAUGAGCAGAACAAGGUCAAGGAUGAGUUAGAAAACAAGAUGGAUUCUGUCAUACAAGAAAAGUUGGGACUUGAGCAGAAGAUAACCCAGGUGGAGGAGAAGCUACAACUUGUACAGGAGAAGCUACAGAAGUCAGAGGAAGAGAGGGGUGAAGAGAGGAGACAGAAACAAGAGUUAGCUGCCCUGCUGGAAGAGGUCAAGGUUGAGCUGAAUAAAAACUCCAACCACAACAGUGAACACAUAGAGCAGCUGGCAGAGCUAAGAUGUAAGUUGUCAGAAACUGAAGCCAGAGCUCAAAAUCUGCAGGCUCAAAUUGAAUGUAUCUGUGUAGAAAGGGAGGAACUUCAAACUCAAAUUAAAGUCUUAGAGGGAGCAAAAGCAACUUUAGAAUCAAGUUUAGCUGAGGUAACAGAUGAAGCUCAAAGUUUGAAAGGAAGCUUAGAAUGUGUGACAAAUGAGAAAGAAACUUUGUCGUCAAAGUUGACAUCUGUGAUAGAUGAGAGAGAGCAGGAGUUGGCGAGGCUGAGGGAGGAGGUGGACAUGUACAAGAGAUCAGCGGAGGAGUCAGCUGAGAGCCUAAAUAACUCACGGCAAGAAUGUGAACAGCUGAGGGUCAGGCUUGCUGUUGAGGGCCAGGAAACCAGGGACAAGGAAGAAGAAAAUCUACAGAAAACUAACGAGGAUUUGAACAACGUUACAUCACUGACCAAACAGCUGAAAGAGAAAGAAGAAAUCAACAACAAGCUCAAACAGCUGGCUAUUAAAGCAAAGAAAGAGUUGGGGGAGAAACAAGCUAAGUUGGACUCUGUGACAAAAGAAUUGAAACAACUGGCCAAAUCAAAAGAAGAACUGGAAGCUUUGAACGAGGCUCUGCGCAAACAGUCAGGCGACUCGUCUGAUUUGCUCUCUCAGCAGUUGAAAAACUUGCAGGAAAACUAUAAGCAACUCCAAGCAAGUUUUGACCAAGCCCAGGAUGAGGCUGACCAUGAGAGGAAAGCCCUGAAGACUGCCCAGAGAGACACAGAGCAGCUGAUCCUCCAGCUGACUGAGGCUAAAGGUCAAGUCAUCUCCAUUAAAGAAGAGAGGGACCAAUGCUUCAAACAAACUGAAGGACUUAAAGUGGAGAUCAAAAGCAGGGACAGCAUGAUUGAGGAAAUGAAAACCAAGCUACGAGCCACCGAAGCAGAGCUGGGGGUGUUGAGGAUCCAGGUGGAAGAGGUCAACAAAGAAAGACAAAGGUCUGAGCAGAAGGUUUCAGAGUCUGAGUCAAAAUUGAAAGCAAUGGAAGAGAACUACAAAGGUCAGAUCUUAAAACUGGAGACUAGUGUGAAGGAUUACCAGGACCAGUUGACCACAGCAAGACAGUCCAUGAAACAGAACAGCAUGCUGGAUCUGGAGAUGGCAGACUAUGAGCGUACAAUUGCUACACUCCAUGGUCAAGUUGAAGAGCGAGACCGUAGAGUGGACGACCUGAAAUCUGAAAUUGACAAACUGGAACAGAGGAUAACUCUCAUGCAAACUCAGAUAGCUACUUCAGAUGAGCAGAAGCUGCAAGCUGAGGACAGAGCUAACAAACUCAAGUCACUGCUGGUCAAAACAAAGAAAGAACUAGCAGACGCUAGAAACAUGGAAACUGUUCAGAGAUCAUCUGAUGCCCAUUUGCGUGGUCAGUUAGAAAAUACUAGUCAACAAAUAGAAGAGUUAAAGGUACAAGUGUCAGAAAUUACAGCAGAGAACCAGAAACUUCAGGACAAAAUCAGAUCUCUGAAUGACAGUAGUCAACGCACUAUAAAAUCAUUGGAGGCUAAAGUGGAGUCACUGACUAAUGAGCUUGAUGUAACCAAGACUGAACUACAUGAGAUUCAGGCCGAUUAUGACAACUAUAAGGUUCGAGCCCAUAGUGUACUAAGACAGCAGAAAACCAAGACCUCAGCUGAUUAUGUCUCAGAGCCUGACAAACAUGAAAGAGAAAGAUUUGAAAGUGCCAUUGACCAACUGAAGACCAAGCUCCAGGAGACACAUGACAAACUUGUAAAUUCCAGAAAAGAAGGGGAACAACUGCAGGAAGAACAUGACAAUCUUGUACAAAGACACACCAAACUGCUCAGUGACAUGGAAGAAAAAGAGACAACAUUCAAACGCAGGUGGGAAUUGUUACAGAAAGAAAAAGCCGAAGCUCUGUCAGAACUCCAGGAAAAAAUUGCCAGCCUGGAAACUCAGAAAUCUUUUCAAGCCCAGAAAUACAAGGAACAAAUCGUCAAGCUGAAAGAGGAUCACAUGGAUGCAUUGGAUGUAUUACAGAAACAACUGGAUUCUUCAGAAAUGGAUAACAUUCGUCUCCAGCGUGAAAUUCAAACUUUGCAGAGAUCUGCCAGAGGAAGAGACGAAUCAGCAGAGCACACGUCACCGCAUGAGUUCUAUCCAAUCACAGCACACCCUGUUGAGGAAAGACAGGAAGGGGAGGGUUCAGAAGUGGUGGACUUGGAGCCAUUAAAGACUGCUAAAGCAAACCAUCCAGUUCCUUCCUUGACGUUUGAACAGCUCAUAUCUACACCAAUGGAUGAGUUGCCAGGAAUCAAAUCUCCUACACCAAGCAUUGAUGAAGACACUUUAAAAUUUAACCUUGUGACCUCUCAAAAAAGGAUUGAUCAUCUCACAGAGUUGCUGAAUGAAAGUGAAGAGUCCGUCUCAAGGUUGACAGAGCAGGCCAGGCUACUGAAGGAAGAAAUCAGAAGGCUAGAGAGGAACACAGAGAGGGAGAGGGAGCUGCAGAACAUGGAGUACCUCAAAAAUAUUUUCCUGCAGUUUAUGUGUCCAAAAGUUGGGGAACAAAGACAACAGCUUAUACCUGUGCUGGUCACUAUGUUGAAGCUCAGCCCUGAUGAGAAGGCUAGGAUAACAGCUGUAGCUCAAGGUGAUGACAACACAGGCCAGCAAGCUUCACAAGGAGGCUGGGGCGCAUAUUUACACAGGUGGUCUAGUCUAACAUAGGUCUGGACUAGCCUGACGGAAGUUUCUAAUCAUCAUCCAUUGUGUACAGCUAGGGUUUUCCAAGGGGACCAAGCAGCUGUUAAACUUCAGGGAAUAGAAAUAUCUGUCUCCGAUAGAUGCACAGAUAUAAACUUCUGUGAUUGGUAGAUUUACAGAGGUUCUCAAAGUUUGAACCAGUUGUCAUUGUUAAAAAAUAUUUUGAUAAUGUGGACUCAAGAGGUUCCAAACUUUAAAAAUAAUCUAGUUUGACAAGUUGUGAAACUUUAUGUUGCCUUAAGUGGGAUCUAGAGAAAGCUGCUUCUUGUUUUUAUUUGACAUUUUGUUCAGACUUUUGCCUGUAUUGUUACUUUUUUAUUGGGGCUUUUCACCAGAUUUAGCAAAUGUUUUUUUAUGAUGCUUCAUUCCAAUCAGUUAUAAUUAUUUUCACUCUAUUUGCAUUAAAAUCUAAGUGUAAUUCAUAUUGAAUACUGUUUUAUCAUGAUGUAUGGUGUAGUUUGAUUCUUUAAAGAUUUUUCUUAUGCUGCCAGUAUAAAUUUGACAUGUAAAUAAGUGUUCUAAUAUUACUCAAAUGUAUGAGCUUCUGUCCUUUGGUGAGCAAGCGAUUCCUGCUGAAGGACCCAACUUAGGGGACAACUGCCCAAUAAAACACCAGUUGACUUUUUUGUUUUAAAUUCUCAUCUCAGCUGGUUUUUGUAUAUUGAAUAUAUAUUGCAUCCUGGGUUAACUAAAUUGAUUCAGAAUGGUGCUGUUUCCAUAAAUGUAUAUUUUAGGAUAAUCAAAGGUUAAUAAUAUAAAUGUGACAGAUAUAACUAGAUUUUAUAGUACAAGUUUUAUAAUAGUUUUUUUUUAUAAUUGAUAAGUACAGAUGUGACAAAAGGUUUUUGCCGUGAAUGGAUUUGUCAACAUGACAAUCUCACUUAAAUUAUUUAUUCAUGUCUUUCAAUCUAGUUUCAGUGUUUUUUAUGCUUAGCUUGCUCUCUAUCCUUGGAUGUGUGAAGACUACUAUUAGUCAUCUGUAUCCUUGUAUGUUGUAAAAUAAGUUAUCCACAUCUUUGGAUGUGUAAAAGUCUAUUUAAUUAUGUUUAGAUGCGUGAAGAUUAGCCAUCCUUUAUCCUUAUCUUUACUCAUCUAAUUAGCCAUCUGAAUCAGGUUAAUAUUUUGUGUGGGAUUUUUGAAGUCUUGGUGCUGUAUGUUAUUUUUUUUUUUUUUACAUUUUCCAUUAUUUAAAAUGUUUUUCCCCUUUGAGGAAAAUUGCAAAUGUUCAUAUUGCGAGGCCCAAAACAACACCCCAAUAUUGGGUUAAUAUGUAUAGUAUGAAAAGGUAGUAAUUGUUGAAAAAUUCUUUUAGGUAAAUAUGCUGCUUUUUAAAAACAUUUAUACAUGAUUUUGUAAAUUAAUAUUUUUUUAAAUAAAUGUAAUGAGCUAAAAUUGAAAGUUAACUUUUAUUCAAACUGUAAAUAUGACCUGUUCGUUUGAUGCAAUUUUUGUUAAUUUUGAGACAAUUUUUUUCUAGAUAAUAAAAUACAUAAUUAGAUGAAGUUUCAAAGCCCUGGAUCAUGUUUUGUAUGCUGUGAUAAUGCUUCAUCAUAAGUGGGUCCAAAUAUUUUUAUAAUAAAGGUUGAAAAACAAAUCUUU